AUGUGCUUCAUCCUUUGGCUGCUCCUCGCACUCAUUCUGAACCUCUGUGCAGAUCUGUGGCGCUGUCAGCUCCUGCUGCCGCUGGUCUCUCUGGGUCUGGUGGUUCUUGGUGGUUUGCUGGGCUUCUGUGCGUGUCUGUGUGGCAGUCUGAGCCCGACGCUCUUCAUCGGUCUGCUGCAUCUGCUCGCAGGCCUGUGUUCUCUGGCGACCGUGUGCUGUUUUCUGGCCGGGAUGGAUCUGCUGCACCGUGUGUCUGUGUUGCCGGAUCACGUGGGCGGUGCGCUGGGCUGGUCGCUGUAUCUAGCGCUCAUCGCGUCUCCUCUGCACAUGAUGGCCGCUGCGCUGCUGGUGUGGGCGGCUCGCAGCCACAGUCAGAGCUACUACCGCAUGACUGUCUAUAGAGUCGCGUAA